GGUGAGCCCCGACGGCCAGCCCGUCAGCUCUCGGCUCAGACGGGCGGGAGCCACGGCCCCGCUCGCUGCCCAUUGUCUGCGCCCCUGACCGGUGUGCCCUGGUGCCACAGUGCGGCCCGGCGGGGCAGCCUCCUAUCGUCACUUCAGCCAGCGCCACAACUAUAAGAGGCGGUGCCGCCCGCCGUGGCUGCCUCAGCCCACCAGCUGGGACCGCGAACCAUGCAGCCCGUCGCCCGCCCCCGGGGCUGUUAGAGCCAGACUGCGGACUCUCGCCACAGCCGCCACUGCCGCGUCCAGUCCCACCGCCGCGGGCAGCAGCCAAAGCCGCCCCAACUGCAGCACAGAGCGGGCAAGGCCGGGCAGGCCAUGGGGCACUGGGCGCUGCUGCCUGGCUGGGUUUCCGCUACGCUGUUGCUGGCGCUGGCCGCUCUGCCUGCAGCCCUGGCCGCCAACAGCAGUGGCCGAUGGUGGGGCAUCGUGAACGUAGCCUCCUCCACGAACCUGCUGACCGACUCCAAGAGCCUGCAACUGGUACUCGAGCCCAGUCUGCAGCUGCUGAGCCGCAAACAGCGGCGGCUCAUCCGCCAGAACCCGGGGAUCCUGCACAGUGUGAGCGGGGGGCUGCAGAGCGCUGUGCGAGAGUGCAAGUGGCAGUUCCGGAACCGCCGCUGGAACUGUCCCACAGCUUCGGGGCCCCACCUCUUCGGCAAGAUCGUCAACCGAGGCUGUCGGGAAACAGCAUUUAUCUUCGCCAUCACCUCGGCCGGGGUCACCCAUUCGGUGGCGCGCUCCUGCUCGGAGGGCUCCAUCGAGUCCUGCACGUGCGACUACCGGCGGCGCGGUCCUGGGGGCCCCGAUUGGCACUGGGGAGGCUGCAGCGACAACAUCGACUUCGGCCGCCUCUUUGGCCGGGAGUUUGUGGACUCCGGGGAGAAGGGGCGGGACCUGCGCUUCCUCAUGAACCUUCACAACAACGAGGCGGGCCGCACGACCGUGUUCUCCGAGAUGCGCCAGGAGUGCAAGUGCCACGGGAUGUCCGGCUCGUGCACGGUGCGCACGUGCUGGAUGCGGCUACCCACGCUGCGCGCCGUGGGCGACGUGCUGCGGGACCGCUUCGACGGCGCCUCGCGCGUCCUGUACGGCAAUCGCGGCAACAACCGUGCCUCGCGGGCGGAACUGCUGCGCCUCGAGCCCGAGGACCCCGCUCACAAGCCUCCCUCCCCCCACGAUCUCGUCUACUUCGAGAAAUCGCCCAACUUCUGCACAUACAGCGGACGCCUGGGUACAGCGGGCACGGCAGGGCGCGCCUGCAACAGCUCGUCGCCCGCGCUGGACGGCUGCGAGCUGCUCUGCUGUGGCCGGGGCCACCGCACGCGCACGCAGCGCGUCACCGAGCGCUGCAACUGCACCUUCCACUGGUGCUGCCACGUCAGCUGCCGCAACUGCACGCACACUCGCGUACUGCACGAGUGCCUGUGAGGCGCUGCGCGGACUCAUCCCUAGGAGCGUUCUCGUCAAGCCCACCCCCAAACAGAUUCCCUGGCACCUAAGACCCCGAUCCUCGCCCACCCAGCCCCUUCAGCCACACUCCGCGACUCCUACGUAUCCGAUCAUUUCUCCCACCUGCUCCUACCUGAGGACUCCUGAAACCACUCGCCUGGGGCGGCAUGAACCCUCUUGCCAUCCUGACUGACCUGCCCCGGACCUACCUCCCUCCACCUCCGCGGGAGACCCCUUGUUGCACUGCCCCCUGCUUGGCCAGGAGGUGGGAGAAGGAUUCGUCCCCUCCUCCAUCAGCGUCAGCUCCUGACGUGUAGCUCUGUCUCCUCCACCGCGCCAGCAACCUGCCUGCCUCUCUCCCUCUCCUUUAUCCUCCGUUUUUUCCAGGUCCCCACAUGCCCUUCCCAUUCUCCUGCCAAGGGUGCAGACCCUGAACACACACCUGAGCAUCAGGGCCUUUGUCCUCCCCACCUACAGCUGAAGCGGGAGGUUGCAGGGUGAAAGGGCAGCUGUGGUGAUGUGGAACAUGAGGUUGGGGGACCCCGCAGAAAUAUCCCCAUUCUUCCAGCCUCUGUCGUGGAGCCAUUGAACAGCUGCCAGCCAUGCCCCCCUCAGCCACCUCCUACCCCCUUCCUGUCCUGCCUCCUCAUCAGUGUGUAAAUAAUUUGCACUGAAACGUGGAUAAAAAGCCACAAGUUUGGUUGUUGUAAAUAAAACUAUUUAUUGUGCUGGGUUCCAGCCUGGUUUGCAGAAACCACCUCCACCCAACCCAAUCCUCUCCAUUCUUCUCUCCUUUUGCCCUCCAGCCUUUUCUGACCCCUCUUCUCCUCUCCCCAAUUUCUCAAAGAUGCCUUUGCAUACCGGAAUCAGUAUUUCCCUCCGCUGUAGCUAUUAGUGGCUCCUCGCCCCCACCCCUGUAGUACCUUCCUCUGCAGAAUAAAAUCUCUAUUUUUAUCAGUGA